AUUUAAAGUUGAAUUGAUAUUUUAUACAAUGAUUCAAACCUUAUAAGUAGGCCUUCCAAGAUAGAGCUAGCAAUUUGCAUACAAACUUACAAAGAAAGAAAAAAAAAAUGGCCACAAUUAUUCUGAUUCCAACCAUAAAGUGGUUUCUCUCUCUUUCUUUGGCUCUUCUUUUACUUUCAAUUAGUAAUUCUCAUUGGUUCAUUAAAGCAGAAGAUCAUGUUGUUGUUGGUGAUGGUAAAGUUAAUAAUAAAGCAACUGAUAAACCUCAAUCUUUGGAACUCAAAUAUCACUCUCAUCAUAUUGUUCAAGUUACCUCUCUUCUUCCAUCUACUGAUGAAGAUAGUUGUAAUGCUUCCCCAAAAGAACGUAGAAGAAAGGGGAAUUCUUUAGAGGUAAGCCACAGACAUGGGCCAUGCUCCACAUUGCAGUUGGACAAAUCAAGCCGCCCAAGUCACGCGGACAUUCUAGAACACGACGAAGAACGAGUUGACUCAAUUAGAGGCCGAGUCAACCCGAAAUUGGUGGAGAUUGACUCGUUUUCAUUGCACAAAAAGCCCAAAGUACCUAAAAAGGACACAGUCAAACAAAAAACAGUGGGCCUCCCAGUAAAGUCUGGAAGCACAAUUGGGUCUGGUAAUUAUAUUGUUACUAUUGGGCUUGGUACUCCAAGAAAGGACCUCACUCUUAUUUUUGAUACAGGUAGUGAUUUUACAUGGACACAAUGUGCACCAUGCAAGAAGAGCUGCUACAAGCAACGAGAGCCCGUUUUCGACCCGUCGAAAUCAUCAACGUACUCGAACAUCACAUGCUCCUCUACGCUAUGCUCGGAGGUGCGAUCGGCCACCAGCGCUUCGCCGGGAUGCUCUUCAUCCACUUGCAUAUAUGGCAUCCAAUAUGGGGACUCAUCUUUCUCAGUUGGGUUCUUUGCCAAGGAUACAUUAAGUCUUGGCCCACAUGAUACUGUUCCAAAUUUUUAUUUUGGGUGUGGGGAGAAUAAUCAAGGCCUUUUUGGUGGGUCUGCUGGGCUUCUUGGGCUUGGUAGGAACCAAUUAUCUGUUAUGUCACAAUGUGCUUCAACAUAUGGCAAAUACUUCUCGUAUUGUUUGCCUUCCAAAUCUAGCUCAACUGGACAUCUCACUUUUGGUAAAGGGGGGACGUACUCAAAGUCCAUUACAUACACACCUCUUACAUCAAGCUCAUCAGGACCAUCAUUCUAUUUCAUAGAGCUACAAGGCUUCACUGUUGGUGGCCAAAAGCUAUCAAUCUCUCCUUCAGUCUUCUCAGAAGGCGGGACUCUAAUCGACUCCGGUACUGUCAUCAGUCGUCUUCAACCAGAUGCCUACACUGCCUUACAAUCCGCCUUCGACAAAGCCAUGUCCAAGUACCCUAAGGCCCCGGCCUUAUCAAUCCUCGACACUUGCUAUGACCUAACCAACUACACUACAAUUACAGUGCCUAAAAUCGGCCUUGUCUUUAGUGGUGGAGCUGAGGUUGUUUUACCUCCUUCAGGGAUUUUUUAUGUCAAAGAUCUCUCACAAGUUUGUCUAGCAUUUGCUGGAAAUAGUGAUCCUAGUGAUGUGGGUAUCUUAGGGAAUGUUCAACAACUUGGUUUUGAUGUUGUAUAUGAUGUUGCUGGUGGUAAGCUUGGUUUUGGACCUGGUGGGUGUCUCUAGUUUAUACUAUAGUCUAUGCAUAUAUACUUAUACUAGUGCAAGGAAAAUCUUUGCAAUUUGGAAUAUCUCUUAUGUAUGUGUAUAUGUAUAUGUGCUUACUUUUAGUUUAUCAAAAAAAAUUCAGAAACAUGUACAAGUCUAGAGGAAUCAGGACAAUGAAUAAUGAAUGGACACUUUCAUGUACAUUUUUAUUUGAUUA